GUGAAACUUGAAACUUGAAGUUGAAAGCUCUUGCUCGCGCGAAAGGGAGAAAGGCUCAGAAAGCCAGAACACAAUUUCAAAGUCAUAAAGCUUCCAGGCUUUCGUUCCGACUCCCUGCAGCAUCUUCGAGAAGUUUAUUGAGUUGAGCUGGCAGCUAUGCAACCUUCAGCCCUGGCUAAAGGAAACAUGAAAGGCAAAACAGGCGCACAUGCAAGGGCUCUAGCUUUAAAGCCGAUGGCAAACACUUCUUCGAGUAUGCAAACCGCUCUUCGCGGACAGUAGGACAGAUCUCUGGUUUAAAUGUUCUCUAGAUUGAGCGGGAACAGGGUAGCCGGUUCAGAGAUCCCUUGGACUCAGCUCAAUGUUUUUUGUCCAGCUAGCGGUUCACCUAUCCGGCAUCUCCAAAGGUGGUAGAUCCUGCAAAAGUGUGAGAGUGCUGUUCCAGAGACAGCCUUAGAAACUGUUCUCCGGCAAACCUUGACAGAUUGUACAUGGUUGUUAAGACUAGCUAGGUUUGUCUAGAUUGCAGUCAGCACACAUAUGCGGUGGUUGGGAAACAACACAGGUUGUGGUCAACCACCGUGAUAAGCGCAGAUUAACAAUGAAGUCUCGCAGGCUGCAGUCCGCUAGAUUUGUUUCAGUCUGGUUUUGUGCGUUGGCGGUGGCUGGUGGCGCAAUUCUAUCCUUUGGGGUGGGCGCGCAGUAUGCAAGCGGGCGGCGAAGGGAACUGCAGGGGCGAGAGCAGUCGAUGGAGACGCCGGGGUGGGCGUUAAGAGAUAGGGCGCUUCCAAAAACGCUGGUUUCGUAUGUCUUCUCAGACACAGACCCUGAAUAUAGGCUUAAUCUUCUCCACUUUCUCAACCACAUAACUUACAACCGGGACCCAGCAGACUAUGUAAUCAUCAUGAACGGAGGCAAGCCGGACGAUUUCGAGCUUCCAGAGGUGCCGCCAAACGUGAGGUUCUUGGCGCACCCAAACGAGUGUUUUGACAUGGGGACGCACGGGUGGGUUUUGAGCGGAAACGCAACGGAGUUGGGGCUGGACAUCAAGUCGUACAAGUACAUACUGUUUCUGAAUUCGUCGGUGCGGGGACCGUACCUGCCAACGUAUCUUUUACAAGGACCUCUUGCUCAACCGUGGCAUGCCCUCCUGACGGCCAAUAUUAACAACGACAUCAAGCUGGUGGGGCCAACGAUAAACUGCCAAUCGUUCCGCGCAAACGACCCGGACCGAAAACCGCACGUGCAGUCGUACUGUAUGGCCACCGACCAGGUGGGGCUGGGGAUCAUGCUGGAAAAGGGCGUACUGUCGUGUAAACAGGGUUGGGUAGACGCGAUCGUAACGGGCGAGCUUGCGGCGUCUAAGGUCUUGCUAAACGAGGGCUACAAUAUAGCUUCGCUGCUGACCAAGUACCGAGGACUAGAUUGGCGGGAUCGUAGAAAUUGGGACUGCAACAACCUUAUGAACCCCAUAGGAUAUGACGAGAUCAAUGCGCAGCCGCUGGAGGUUAUGUUUGUAAAAGCAAAGUCGUCAAUGACUGAAUGGGUCCGGAUGCGGCUGGCCGUAGAGCUCGAUCAAAGGUUCUCCGUUGCAGGGCGAUAGGGACUUACGCAAAUGAUAUUUAUUAACCUGCUCUGCUGUAUAGGACAUGACUGUCGGCAAGAUUUGAGGCUCAACAAUCGCGGUCUAGGUUGCCAGAUUAGAGCUGAUUAGCUAAGUAGCUGCAAAUCACUUGCGAAACAAUUCAGGUUGAGUCAAUCAGUGCAGAUAUCCAGAAGUAAGCAAAGCAGCCUUAGGGCGGGGAGCAAGUAUCUUUCAUCAGGGCAUAUCACGCAAUCCCGCACAUCAAAAACUUUAAUCAGUGCGACUUGUCAUCCUUCGCGCAGAAGGGAUGGGCCUGACCGAAAAAGAACCUGCCGUGCUUGACUCCAAAUCAGUCCACGUGACCGUUGAAUUCCAG